CUCUCGCUCGCUCUCUCAGCCUCCGCAUCCUGUCCCUGACCGCCCGCUGCGGUCCCUGUACGCGUCAGCCAUAGACUCGUAAGCCCCCCAGGCCGCGCAUAUAAUCACACACCCAGUGUACACACUCUAGGCGGUUUAGAUUUUUCUGCGCUCGCCACUAGCGACUUUGGAAUCAUGGACGACGACGAGGUCUCCGUGCCCGAUUCCCCCUCCUCGGAGUCGGGCACGCUCUCUCCCGGUGCGCUUGAGAAGCAGCGCGCCUCUCUCCAAUCGUACCUCAAUGCCCUCCCAUACGAGUGCGAGUCCUCGGAGCAGAUGCAAGCGAAGCUGGAGAAUAUUGUAGGACGUAUCUGCAUCUGCGCCGAGGCCAAGAACUGGCUCGUGCUCACUACCUGGGACGGCAUGCUCCAAUGCUGGCUGCUCAUGCGCUAUCCCAUGUCCAAGCCUAUUCGCGCGAAGCUCACUCGCGUUUACUUCGAACUGUGCCUUGUACCGGGCAUAGAGCCUCGCGUCAUGCGGAGCUGGGCAGACAUGCUCUCCCGUCUCAUCUGCAACAAGCCAGACAGCCGGCGUAAGCUUGACGCCGCAGACUUGCAGCUUCCUUGGCAACCCCUUUGGCGUAUGCUGCAGAAGGAGCUCUGGCCUAAGAAGAGAAUGCACGACUCCUCACGGAACGUCGUUAAUAUCCUCCUCUUCGUCGCGGAGCAGUGCAGACGUUACUUUCCUGUCGGCGAGGUCCCCGAGAUGUUUGCGACGUUCUUGCCUAUGUUGACGAAGGACACGGUGCUCACCAUGAUUCCCGUCCUAACAUCGUUCCUUCCGCCAUCCCACAGCCACACCUACAUGCCUAUGGUAUUCAAGCUAUGGGAAGCAUUCAACUCAUCUGUCAUAGACGACAGGUUCAUCGAGCUUUGCGGAGAGUUGUCCGAGGAGCAUGUUGCCGGACAGUUCAGUGAAUACGGUGCAGAGGGUGCUGCAGAAUGGAAGACCGUAGGUAUCUGGAGCGAGGCUGAGUGGACGUUCCUGAUCGGCAAGACGUUGGGUUCCAUGAAUGUGCCUGUCGGAGCUACCAGGGGUGCUAGUACUACUGCUGGACACGCUGAUAGCAUGGCAGACAAGCAAUCCCUUCGCAUCAAGAAGCUGAUCAACCGAAGCAGUGCUCUCGCCAAGUUGAUCGUAUACUCGCUUUCCUUAGACGGACCGGUCCGCGACAACGGUAGCAACGGCGGCGUACCCUCAUCUGAAGGGUUUGUUGCCGGCUCCAGGGCCCUUGACUCAUUAGACAAGCUCACUACGAGUGUUGAGUCGUUCUUCCAUCCUUCCAACUAUGGCAUUUGGAGCUUGAAUCUCACUCACUUCGUGCAACGCCUGAUGGCUGAGUUCUCGAAGAGGUGGAAGGAGGAACAGCAGCCGAACUGCAAGACCCCAGUGACACGGCGCCUGACGCCCGAGAUCCGACGGAACUUCAUUCUCGUUCUGCGGACACCAGUGCUGCUCUCCAUGUUCUCCAAGGAUCCAUUCACCAUCAGCUACUCACAAGCGGCGAUCCGCGCCAUGGCCCUGCUUGAGCCUUCGCUUGUCAUGCCAGAGAUUCUUGAGCGGGCAUACAGCGGCCUUGAGGUUGUGAACGAGACUCACCGGACGACCUCCGUCAUGACGAUGUUGUCAGCCGUCGCACUUCCUCUCGUGAGCGAGAAGAUCUACCUCGGCGGACAGAAGCACAUUGUUCCAUUGUUGGAAUUGUGCAUCCCCGGCAUUGACCUCAACGAUCCGGUCAAGACGAUCUGCGCUACGAUGUUCAUCACCUCGGUCGUGCAGCAUAUCAAGAUCGCCGACGUCUCAAUGCACCAAUAUGGCGUGGACUUGUCCAGCGAUGCACCAUCCGAGGACAUCAUGGACGUAGACCCCGCCACUGAGCAACGACUCCCCUCCGGCGUCGAAGGACCCGGAAUGCCCACUCUUAGUCGAGAGGAAGAACGUGCUCUGGCACGCGAAAGCACCGCUGCCUGGGCAGACUGGGUAACUUCACUCUUCCGACGCGUGCUUGCGCUGUUCGAGAAUCUCCCCGAGGAAGGCGGCAAGAAGGGGACGACGGGUGGCAAGAUGGAGGAGGCCGUUCUCAAGGCGAUCAAGGGCGCCUUGGACACCGUGUGCCUGCACCUGUCCGACCCGCUCUUCGACCUAGUGCUCAAGCUCGUUUACGAGUACGCGAGCACGAACGCCAAGUCGAACGCCGUGCGCGCAUUCGGCCAGCUCGUAUCGUGUCUGGCGCGUGCGCGCCCCGAGAAGACGGUCGAUCGCUUCUUCCCGUUCUGCCUCGCGCAGAUCCAGGAGGAGCUGAAGCACGGCGCCUCAAGCAUCCGUACAACGUCGACGCACGAGGCGGUACCGUCCGAUACGACCCUGCACUGGAACAUGUCUAUUCUCCGCGGCUGCUUUGGCUACGGCGGCGAGGCGAUCCUGAAAUACAAAGAUCAGCUGCUCGGCCUCAUGGCACUACUAGUCGAGAAGACGAAGAGCGAGCGCGGGUACACUGGGACUGGCCGCUUAAUCAACCGCAUCCUGCAUUCGGCCGCGACGAUCUACACGCUCAACGCUCGCUACGUGAAUCCGGAUGAGUGGGACUCGCCAGAGUUCAACCGAAACCUAACCAGCCAAUGGGGCAAGAUGUAUGACGCAGACGACGUCGAGGUCGUCUGGCAUGUGCCGACGCGUGACGAGAUCGAGUUCGUGCUCGAGAUCUUGGACAAGAUCGCUGCGCCUGCGCUCGAGAAGGUCGAGGAGUUGCUUCAGACGGUCGGGAAAUGGGAUAGCGUCGCUCGGAAUGAUUUCUGCCGGUACCUGCAUGCGGCCCGCUCGGUAUGGGGCGGAUUGCCGACGUUCCUCUUGCAGGGCGCAAAGGACGUCGUGAACCCGUGUCUGAACGUAGAUAUCGAGGUGCCCGAGUUGCUAGUCAUGCCGCUUGACGUCAAGGCGGGCUUCGUGCUCACCGACCCGAGCGACCCGCAAUACCAGCGGGCCGCAGCACACCGCCUGCGGUAUGGCAAGCUCGUCCAUCGCGCAGCUGACGUCCUCCGCAAGGAGAGUGAAGGCGAGGACCACAUCGACGCCGUCAUCGGGGUGUCGCGUGCCAUUGACGUCUACUUGCUCGAGUAUGCGAUCACCCGGAGCAACUUCGAGAGCUUGACGAAGGCCUACCGGCAGGCUCGCGACGCCAACCGUAGCUGGCCCAAGCAGAAGGAGAACUCACGAGUAGUGUUCCAGAAGCGGGCGCAGGUCUACAACGCUGGACGGCUCUAUAUGCAUGCGCUCUAUCGCAGGCGGGACUCACUAGACGACCAACUUCUCGAGGACCUGAUCGAGAUGUCACUCUCGCCAUACACGAGAGUGCGAAGACACGCACAAGCUGUUGUCCACAAUGCUUGCGGGUAUUUCGUGCGGUCAACAAGAUUUACGCUGCCUUAUGUGUUGCGUGCCUUGGAGAAGAAGAACGACCCCGACCGCAUGAAGGGUGCGCUUUACAUCCUCUGGAACAAAGGGACGGCAGCAUACGCACUCGCCGAUAUCAACUACCAUGGUCAAUAUCUCGUAGCGUUGUUGGGUUGCCAGCACGAAGAGAAGCCUUCUGUGCAGAAGCUCGUCGGGAACGUCGCCCAAGACGCCCUCGUAUACCUCAAUGAGGAGUCUUGUCACACUGACGCGUUCACCGAGGACAUCUCGGGCGUGCUGCGCGCCUUGGCUGACUUGCAGCACGAGUUUUCCGCUUCUCUUGUCGAUCCGCGUAUAUUGCAGCAGGCUCUCUUGAAGUCCAACGCUCGGGUAUCGCUCAAGAACCAGAGAUAUGCUGAAACAGUGACUGCCGUCCUGGAGCUGGCCGAACGGCCCGCGACCCAUUGGAGAUACGUACAAUUCGCAAUACGAUUCCUCUACGGGCUCCUACGGAGGGACUUCGCUCCGCCGCCGGCGGUAGCAGCGUUCUUCCUCAAACAGAGCAUCAGUCCUCACACCACUAUUCGGGUGACAGCGCAGAAGGCCGUUGUCAAGGUUUGUGCGCACGUCAAGAUUCGGACUUUCUCCCAGUCGAGCGACCAGCUCUGGUUGGAUGAGUGGGAGAACCCCCUGAAAGUGGACAUCCCCGUCGACGACCCAUCGGUGUUCAUGCGACAGCAUGCCCAGCCAGGGUACCCUGCUGGGCAAGAAGGGGAUCUUCGUGUUGACAAAGUCGAGACAGGUUUCUUGGUCUGGACGUCGACGGUAAAGGGGUAUCGAGCAGUACCGGAAGGACCAUCACCCUUCGCAUGGGAAGAGGCGUCGCGGCCUGUUCUUCGCGCCAUGAGCGAAGUCAUGAACCAGGGGAACUUCUUCUCCGUCCUGGCACUACUUUGGGGUCAGGAGUCCAUGAAGAACUCCACGACGCCGGAGCUACGUGCUGAGAACGUGACGUUCAUGAAGUCGAUCGCCAAGAUGUUUGAGAAUGAGCAGCUGCAAGCCAUUUUGGACACGAUCGAUCCCCUUCUCGCAGACGGCGACCGCUACAAGCAGCGAUCCGGUGCCGAGCUAUUGGCUGGGCUAUCGCGAGGUUCGAAGCAUUGGCCUAAGCAACACGCGGACUACUUGUGGUCAUGGAUUGCGUCUAGACUUGAUCGAAUCUACGCCCAGAUGAAGCCUGACACCGUCUCCUUCUGGGAGAAUCUGCUCAGCGAACAACUCGUGGACCGCGAUCCCCGACGCACUGCGCCGUUGGUGAAGUGGAUCCUAUCUCUGCCUCAGGAGUUCCACGGGGAUUCCGCAUUUGCGAUGAGCAAGUCGUUGUCCAUCUUCAAUGUUUUGGUCGAUUGCCUUGAUCUACGGUUCCUUCCUUUGGCCGACCAGUACAUCAACCUAUUCUUGGAUAAUGCAAACACCGGCUAUGCUGAGAUUCGCUCGCAGAUCGCACAGAACAUUUACGCCAUCAUCAGCAUCCAGUGGAGACCAGUAUACCCCUCUGCGCAUGACUUCAUCUCCGCUUGCGCAUCAUCGCCCGAUCCAUUCCGCAUCCGACAGGCGCGGUAUCUAGAGCGCAUCUCGCAGAUCGUCAGUCAAUUACCGGCUUGGCGAGAAGAGCGACUGCCGCCACCCCGAGUAAGCCAAUCGCAGUACGAUAAAGUCGGAUUGACGAUCUUGCAAUGGGUGUGGGAUUUCGCUCAUGGUCCUCAAGCGCCUCUGAUUUUCCCCUACAUCAUCGUCUUGCUCCCCGAAAUCAUCCGGAUGUCUGAGCUCAACGACAGCUCAGAGUUGCAAACGUACAGCUCAGCGGUCCUAUACGUCCUUUCUGCUGUGACUCCUCCGCCGGAGUUCAUCGAAGUCAUCGCGGACAACUUCAUCAACGCGAUCAAGUCGUCGACUUCAUGGCGUAUCCGAGUGAACGCGUUGCCGACUCUCAUCGUCUUCUUCUACCGGAAUUUAUUGAGCAUGUCGGGCGACCUCGUGUCCAGGCUCAUGAGCGUUCUUCUCGAAUGUCUAUCCGACGAGAACAUCGAGGUUCGGGAGAUGGCUUCCAAGAUGCUGUCCGGAGUUGUGAGAUGUUCUCAACGCCAGAGCAUUAUCCCGUUGAAGGAUCGCUUCGUCAACACGCUUCGCCGAACAAGGAUGCCCAAGCGAGGCGACCCUGCGUACCAAGACUCUCUGCGAUCUCUGCACUCCGCCAUUCUCGGCAUCUGCGCGUUGAUCGAGAGCUUCCCGUACUCCGUGGAACCUUGGAUGCCGCCGCUCACCGAUGUGUUGGCCAAUCACGCUACCGACCCAUUACCGAUAUCGAAGACCAUUCGCAAGUGUGCUUCAGAAUUCAAGAAGACGCAUCAGGACACAUGGCACAAAGACCAGCUUGCGUUCAACGAGGACCAGCUACAAAGUCUUUCCACGAUGCUCGUCGGCACGUCGUACUAUGCGUAAUCUUCAUGUUUUGUUGUUUACAUUCGCACAAUCGUACAAAGCUCUGUAUCGCUUGCUUUGCAUCGCCACUACUGUUUGUAUCACUACGCCACAGCUACGAAUACGAAUUCAUUAUCCG